UUCAAAUCUGUACAAAAGUAGCUUCACAGAACCACCUGUUUUGUUACGGCUCCCUUGGUUUAAGUCAUGACUUCUCUCGUGUACAUACCGCAACUUUUGAUUAUUUUAAAAAUAUUAAUCAGUGCAAAUCCGCUGCCACCAGGUAGUUACAAAAUUCACAUCUCCACACACCAUCUCCCUGAAUUAGAUUCUGAACUUUCAAAUGGAACGGAAUCGAUUGUAAGCGAAUUGAGACCCAUUCAUGAGCUGCUGAAGUCACGCGAAGAUGAAGCAAAAGUUUACGAAACAUGUGAUGAAGCACCGUGGGAUAAGUCCGGAGUAUACAACAUCCGGGUCAGUCCGCAGGAGAGAAAGCGCGUGUAUUGCGAUCAGGAGUAUGAAGGCGGUGGUUGGGCCGUGAUUCAAUGGCGCUUCGACGGUUCGGUCAAUUUCUACCGAGGAUGGGCAGAAUAUCGGCAUGGGUUCGGGAACAUUGAUGGCGGUGAAUUUUGGCUUGGAUUGGACAUCAUUCAUCAACUGACAUACUCUGGCCCACACGAGCUAUUGAUUAUUCUGGAAGACUUCGAGGGAAACACAACUAUCGCAAGAUAUGACAGGUUUGAAAUAGCAGCGGAGAACGAAAUGUAUAAGGCGACUUUGGCUGACGGAUUUAGUGGAUCGGCGGGCGAUUCUAUCUCAUAUAUAAAGGGACGCAGAUUUACUACGUUCGAUAAGGAUAAUGACUCAUUGAAUAAUAAAAAUUGCGCAGUUAUUAAUCAUGGAGCCUGGUGGUAUGAUAGAUGCCACUACAGCAACUUGAAUGGUAAGUACUUGACAGGAAUAAAAAAGGAAGGUUCAGCGGCAAUGGUGUGGCAAUCUUUCCGCGGUAUGUAUUCGCUGAAACAAUCCAAAAUGAUGAUAAGAAGAAGACAAUAAAAAAGUGUGUUUUAUUACUGUUGCCAACUUUCUUAAUUACCUUUCGGUAUACCCAGAGUGACGUAAUGUGCCGACUUGAAAUAUCUCCAUCUCGAGCGAUGUCCAGCUAUCGCUUCUUAACCUGCCAUAAACAUCUGCGUCUACCUCUGCUGCGAUGUCCAGCUGGGUUCGUCUGAUGCCAUUUGCCUACCAAAAUAUUGGAAGCUUUCAACAUUUUCUGAUUGUCCAGCUGAGCGAUUCCAAGCAACAGCAUCAAAAUUUAAGAAAAUUUUUAAUUCAUGAUUUUCUAUUGAGUUGAAACUUUGCACAGUUUUUCAAUUUCAUCUAAAUCGUCAUUUUUCGAUAUCAAAUCUUCAUAUUGAGUCACGACUAACUUUUCAAAAGGGU